CCCUCAGCUCAUAGAGUAUUGGUAUUCUUGGGACCCUCUGUCCCUUGACAAGGGUCUGGUUGCCUGUGCCAUGGUUGAGCCUGCGUCCAGUGCUUGGAGCCAUCAGCAUCCCUCAGCUCUUCUCCCAGUCCCUGAAACUCGGCUGCCAGGGGAGCUGGAGCCACCUACGAAGGUGUCCUCCCUACAGGAAGUUACGUAUGCCCAGGUGGGGCACAGCCCCAGCUGAUGCCCCAGAGGGGCCACCCAUCUCAAGAGGGGCUUUGGGCUCUGCCCUCUCUCCCCAUGGCGCAUGGGCCAAAGCCUGAGCCUGAAGGACUGUUGGACCUCAGCUUCCUGACAGAGGAGGAGCAGGAGGCCAUUGCUGGUGUCCUCCAACGAGAUGCCCGCCUGCGCCAGCUGGAGGAAGGGCGCAUCAGCAAGCUCCGGGCCUCACUGGAAGACCUUGGGCAGCUGAAGAUCCUGACAGGGGACUGGUUCCAGGAAGCACGCUCCCAGCGGCAUCACAAUGCCCACUUCGGCUCUGACCUUGUUCGAGCCUCUAUGCGUAGGAAGAAGAGCUCCAGGGGAGACCAGGCUCCAGGCAGCGACGGGGAGGCCAAGGCUGCUGUGAAAGAGAAGGAAGAUGUGCCAGAGCCCAGGCUCUCCAUUGAUGAGGCCCCCCAGGAGAGGCUCAGGGAGACUGAGGGACCUGAUCUCCCAUCGCCUUAUGUCCCUCUAAAGGCUUCAGAUCCCGAGGAGGCAUCCCAGGCCCCGGAAGGCCCUGGCCAAGGGGAGCUGCAGAUCUGUGCCGAGGAGGCGGACCCGGAGCCGGAGCCCGCGUCGGGGGGAGAGCAGGAGCCCGGGCCCCCGCUAGCCCAGGUAGGUGGGAGUGGCCCGCGGCUGCUCUCAAGAACCGGAGCGGAUUCCGGGCGGGGAGCGCUCCUGACCAGACCUGCGAGCAGCCGGCGACCUAGGGCGCUCGGGGCAGGGGCGGGGAAAGAAGGGGCGCCCCGUCAUUUGCCCCCUCUGCAGACCAAGGCCGCAUCCCAGAUCCUGGAGAACGGGGAGGAGGCCCCAGGGUCCGACCCCUCACUCAACUGCAUGCUCAGCAGCAGCUCCUCCGUGUCCAGCCUUAACUCCUCCACGCUGAGCGGCAGCCAGAUGAGCCUGUCCGGCGAGGCGGAGGCGGUGCAGGUGCGCGGCUCCGUGCACUUCGGGCUGCACUACGAGCCGGGCGCUGCCGAGCUGCGCGUGCACGUGAUCCAGUGCCAGGGCCUGGCUGCCGCCCGGCGCCGCCGCUCCGACCCCUACGUCAAAAGCUACCUCCUCCCGGAUAAGCAGAGCAAGCGCAAGACGGCGGUGAAGAAACGGAAUCUGAAUCCAGUUUUCAAUGAGACUCUCCGGUACUCCGUCCCGCAGGCUGAGCUCCAGGGCCGCGUGCUGAGCCUGUCCGUGUGGCACCGCGAGAGCCUGGGUCGCAACAUCUUUCUGGGCGAAGUUGAAGUGCCUCUAGACACGUGGGACUGGUGCUCUGAGCCCACCUGGCUCCCCCUGCACCCCCGGGUCCCACCCUAUCCCGACGACCUUCCCAGCCGAGGGCUUCUCUCCCUGUCCCUCAAGUACGUCCCAGCUGGCUCUGAGGGCGCAGGACUGCCCCCGAGCGGGGAGCUGCACUUCUGGGUGAAGGAGGCCCGGGACCUUCUGCCGCUGCGGGCAGGCUCCCUGGACACUUACGUACAAUGCUUCGUGCUGCCUGAUGACAGCCGGGCCAGCCGCCAGCGUACAAGGGUUGUGCGACGCAGCCUCAACCCCGUGUUCAACCACACCAUGGUGUAUGACGGCUUUGGGCCUGCUGACCUGCGCCAGGCUUGUGCUGAGCUCUCCCUCUGGGACCAUGGGGCCCUGGCCAGCCGCCAGCUGGGGGGCACACGUCUCAGCCUGGGCACUGGCAGCAGCUAUGGGUUGCAGGUGCCCUGGAUGGAUUCCACACCAGAGGAGAAGCGGCUGUGGCAGGUCCUCCUGAAGCAGCCGUGCGAGUGGGUGGAUGGCCUUCUACCACUCAGAACCAACCUGGCCCCCAGGACAUAGCCCGAUCAAACCUCUCUCUCUGGACCCCCAUCUCAGGGCCUGCCCUCGGCUAAAGUCAAUAAAGUCUGUUCUAAGGGCAA